AUGGACUAUCCAGAGAUGGCAAAGAUGGAUUUCUGCGAGGUAAUCGUCUACUGUAUUAAGGAAGGAGCCAAGAUAUGGCAGAAACACAGAAAUUUGCCUCAUGAAGAAAAGAACAAAAAGCAUGUCAAUGGUUUGGCACAGGGGCCAGUAAUCAUGUACCUCGACUCCCUGCUGCUGCCAACCGACACAAAAGAAAUGCGGAAGAUUGCAAAGACAAUGGACAAGACCUCAUUACCACGAGCAAACCAUCUCAAAGAGAGUGACCUAGCGAAAAUAGCUAGAGCAGACAUGAAAAGGGACGGAAAAGCACGACCAGAUGACUAUGAAUUUGGCAAAAUACAGACAUGGAAAGGAACAGCAGAGAGGAUCUUCUAUGCCAACACAGCAUCAACUUCGUCUUCAAUUCAUCAGAUAGCACCACAACAGAACCAAGAGAAAGGAGAAAAAAAGAAAGAAGAAGAAGACGAAGAGAGGAAGAGAAGAACAAAAUCAAGGGACAUAGGCAUUGACAAGAACAAGAUAAAGCGGCAAAAACAGGAACGUACCAAUAGCACGCGAGGCCAAGAUGAACUCCAACAGCAGGAUGGUGUCAACAACCCCAAAAACAUAAAUGAACGGAACAAACAAAGCAACCCCACAAUAGACAAUGCUACAACAACAACUACCCCAACACAAGCACAAGAUACGAUCAACGUCAGAACCUGUGAAGAGAUCACCAUCACGAGUACAAAGGAGAAAGCGCAAGACAUCCCAGCCGAUGAGAAACAAGAGACUGUUAUACCUGACAAAGAAACAGUAGAUGCAGGCACAAAUAACCCAGUCAUCAACACGGAGGAAACAAAUGAGUACGCUGAUCUCGAAGAUCAAGAACUUCAAACAACAACAUCUGAAGAGGCACAAGAAGCUCAAGAAACCAUCAACAAUCAAGACCAUCAAACACAACCAGAGGAGCCCAAUGAACAACCCAAACAUGUUCUUCAAACGAUAGACAAUAAUGCCACUAAAGACCAAGCCACAAAAAAUUCACUCACCAAACAACAGGUACCAGAGACAGGGGCAGCAACAACGACUGAAAAGCUGCAAGAAAAAAACAAGGUCAGUGAUGAUGAACAGCAAAAUAAAGAGCAAGAGAAGGACCCAAAACCACCACUGAACGAAAAAUCAGCAGUAACAACAACAAAUACAGAGAGAGAGGAGACCAAUGAGCAAAAGGAGGACACUGAAGAAGGGCAACAUGUUCUUCAAAAGGCAGUCAUCAACGUAACAGAAGACCAAGCCCCAAAAUAUUCACUCACCGAAAAACACGCAGCAGAGAGGGCAGCAGCAACAACGACUGAAAAGCUACAAGACAAAAAUGACGGCAGCGGCGAUGAACUACAAAAGAAAGAAGAAGAAGAUGCCCAAAAACCUCCACUCUACGAAGAACAAGCACAACAUUCAGCAGCAACGAUUGAGGAGCUGCAAGACAAAAACCAUGACAGUGACGAUGAACACCAAAACAAAGAACAGGAGGAUACCCAAGAAACUACACUCGACAAAGAAUGGGUGGAACAAGAAGUCAGUGCCAACCAGGUCGAGACUGAGAAACAAGACAGAAAAGACCACCAGCAAGACACGACGGUUGACAAGGAAAAACAUGAUGCUAAGAAAGACACAAACGACUCAAAUGAGGAUGCAGCAAAAACUGAACAAAAGGGUGCAAUGCAAAAAGAAGAACAUAACAUGCCGCAAGAAGCAGAAGGAGAACAAGAAAGGAACAACACUGGACAGGACAUAUCUUCUAGCUUCGAAGCAGGCACAAUGGAGAAAGGGGACAAAGAUAGUGAUUCCGUCAACAAAGCCAUCGAAGACCUGUACAACGCUGUAUGCAAGCCAUGGACACAGAGAGAAAUGGAUGAGCUUUUCGUUACAACGAAUAAGUUUGAUGUCAAUCUAGGCCAUGUCGCCGAAAGCUUCAAGAUAUGCUGA